AUGCCGUUCUGGGACUCGCGCGAUGUGAACAAACAGCGGAUCUCAGCGGAUCUCGACUUCUCGCUGUCGUCCUGCAACUUCUGGCGUGCUUCUAGCGUCUUUUUAGCCGAGCCGGAUUUUCACACCGUCCGCAGAGGAUUGCCUGUGUGCGAAACUAUUAUCCUUGUUGGCCCAGCUCAUCUUGUGGUCACCAAAGACAGUGAUCGGGAACAGCUGGGGUGGUGGCUGCAUUCUGUUGGAGUGAGCAUUGCCGUGCAUGUUAAUUUUCACAGGCCUGCUUCUGCAUGGGCCACAACUGCCAUUCUCCAACAGUUGGGUCAUCCGACCUUGCUUGACCAUUUGCAAAAGUCCGCAAGAAAAGCAGUUAGAUUCCGUGGACGUGGACGCGGACGCGGACGAUCUGCCCCAUUUGGUUGGCCUUUUGCCAACGGUAAGGUGAUGGUUCGCAAGGAUCAACCCCGUAAACGUUGCCAGCAACAGUCAUAA